GACACCCAACUGGCGACGAAAUGGCGGAUGAGAUGACGGAGCCUACUGAGGAGCAGCACCGCACAAGUCUACUACCAGCCUACGAAUCAGUCUACGACCAGCCUACGAAGCAGCGGCGGUUUUUCUACAAAGGGAGCGGCGGACAGCCUACAAAGGAGCAGCUG